AUGAACAAGCUUUACAUCGGGAACCUCAACGAGAGCGUGACCCCCGCGGACUUGGAGAAAGUAUUUGCGGAGCACAAGAUCUCCUACAGCGGCCAGUUCUUGGUCAAAUCCGGCUACGCCUUCGUGGACUGCCCCGACGAGCACUGGGCGAUGAAGGCCAUCGAAACUUUCUCGGGGAAAGUAGAACUGCAAGGAAAACGCCUGGAGAUUGAACACUCGGUUCCCAAAAAACAAAGGAGUCGAAAAAUCCAGAUCCGAAACAUUCCACCUCAGCUCCGAUGGGAAGUGCUGGACAGCCUGCUGGCUCAGUAUGGUACAGUAGAGAACUGUGAGCAAGUGAACACCGAGAGUGAGACGGCAGUGGUGAAUGUCACCUAUUCUAACCGGGAGCAAACCAGGCAAGCCAUCAUGAAGCUGAACGGCCACCAGCUGGAGAACCAUGCCCUGAAAGUCUCUUACAUUCCUGAUGAGCAGAUAGCUCAGGGUCCUGAGAAUGGGCGCCGUGGAGGCUUUGGCUCUCGGGGUCAGCCCCGCCAGGGCUCACCUGUGGCAACAGGGGCCCCAGCCAAGCAGCAGCAGGUGGACAUCCCCCUUCGGCUCCUGGUGCCCACUCAGUAUGUGGGCGCCAUCAUCGGCAAGGAGGGUGCCACAAUCCGUAACAUCACAAAACAAACCCAGUCCAAGAUAGAUGUACACAGGAAGGAAAAUGCAGGUGCCGCCGAAAAGGCCAUCAGCGUCCACUCGACCCCUGAGGGCUGCUCCUCUGCCUGUAAGAUGAUUCUGGAGAUUAUGCAUAAGGAGGCAAAGGACACCAAAACGGCUGAUGAAGUCCCCCUAAAGAUCUUGGCCCAUAAUAACUUCGUGGGACGUCUCAUUGGCAAGGAAGGGCGGAACCUGAAGAAAGUGGAGCAGGACACAGAGACGAAAAUCACCAUCUCCUCGUUGCAGGACCUCACCCUCUACAACCCGGAGCGGACCAUCACCGUCAAGGGGGCCAUUGAGAACUGCUGCAGGGCGGAGCAGGAAAUCAUGAAGAAAGUUCGGGAGGCCUACGAGAAUGAUGUGGCGGCUAUGAGCUUACAGUCUCACCUGAUCCCUGGCCUCAACCUGGCGGCUGUGGGUCUUUUCCCAGCCUCCUCCAGUGCGGUCCCGCCACCUCCCAGCAGCGUUACUGGGGCUGCUCCCUACAGCUCCUUUAUGCAGGCUCCAGAGCAGGAGAUGGUGCAGGUGUUCAUUCCCGCCCAGGCGGUGGGUGCCAUCAUCGGCAAGAAGGGGCAGCACAUCAAGCAACUCUCCAGAUUUGCCAGUGCCUCCAUCAAGAUCGCUCCACCGGAAACACCUGACUCCAAAGUUCGAAUGGUUAUCAUCACCGGACCCCCAGAGGCCCAAUUCAAGGCUCAGGGAAGGAUCUAUGGCAAACUCAAAGAGGAGAACUUCUUUGGUCCCAAGGAGGAAGUAAAGCUGGAGACUCAUAUACGGGUGCCAGCCUCGGCUGCUGGCCGAGUCAUUGGCAAAGGUGGCAAAACGGUGAAUGAACUGCAGAACUUGACAGCAGCUGAGGUGGUGGUGCCAAGAGACCAGACCCCGGAUGAGAACGACCAAGUCAUUGUUAAGAUCAUCGGGCAUUUCUAUGCUAGCCAGAUGGCUCAGCGGAAGAUUCGAGACAUCCUGGCCCAGGUUAAGCAGCAGCACCAGAAGGGACAGAGCAACCAAGCCCAAGCACGGAGGAAGUGA